GGCGCGCCGAGGCUGCCGCUCAGCGCCCUCGCCGCGGCCAUGCCCCGGCCUUAGCACGCCUGCCGCAGCCCGCGCUUCGCGGCCCCGCGCCCUGUACCUCCGAGCCCGCCGCCGCCGCCGCCGCCUCUUCAAUGGGCAACCUGCUCGGCGGAGUCAGCUUCCGGGAGCCUACGACCGUGGAGGACUGCGACUCUACCUGGCAGACGGACUCGGAGCCCGAGCCCGAGGAGCUGGGGCCGGGUGGCGGCGAGGCCGCGGGGCAGGAGCCCUCGCAGCCCUCGCAGCCCCGGGAGCUAACCGGCGGGCAGCCCUGCCCCAGCCCCGCGCCGGACGAAGACGCCGAGGUUGCUGGCGCGGAGCAGGGUGGUGAUUCUACUGAAGUAACUGUGAAACCUAAGAGAAGCUUUUAUGCUGCAAGAGAUUUGUACAAAUACCGACACCAGUACCCAAACUUCAAAGAUAUCCGAUACCAAAAUGACUUGAGCAAUCUCCGUUUUUAUAAGAAUAAAAUUCCAUUUAAGCCAGAUGGUGUUUACAUUGAAGAAGUUCUAAGUAAGUGGAAAGGAGAUUAUGAAAAGCUGGAACACAACCAUACUUACAUUCAGUGGCUUUUUCCCCUGAGAGAACAAGGCUUGAACUUUUAUGCUAAAGAACUAACUACAUAUGAAAUUGAGGAAUUCAAAAAAACAAAAGAAGCAAUUAGAAGAUUUCUCCUGGCUUAUAAAAUGAUGUUAGAAUUUUUUGGAAUAAAGCUGAUUGAUAAAACUGGAAAUGUGGCCCGUGCUGUUAACUGGCAGGAAAGGUUUCAGCAUCUGAAUGAAUCCCAGCACAACUAUUUAAGAAUCACCCGUAUUCUUAAAAGCCUUGGUGAACUUGGAUAUGAAAGUUUUAAAUCUCCCCUUGUAAAAUUUAUUCUUCAUGAGGCUCUUGUGGAAAAUACUCUUCCCAAUAUUAAGCAGAGUGCUCUGGAGUAUUUUGUUUAUACAAUUAGAGACAGAAGAGAAAGGAGAAAGCUCCUCCGAUUUGCUCAGAAACAUUACACGCCCUCAGAGAAUUUUAUCUGGGGACCACCUAGAAAAGAACAGUCAGAGGGAAGCAAAGCCCCGAAAACACCUGCCCCUCCGGCCUCCGGUCACAACAGUCAAACUUCUAUGCAUAAAAAAUCCAAGGACUCCAAAAAUUCCUCCUCAGCUGUUCAUUUGAAUAGCAAAACAGCAGAAGAAAAAAAAUUGGCACCUAAAGAGCUUAGGAAACAGACAGACAAGCCCAGAGCAGAGCCCAACGAUGAAGCUGCCAAGCCGAGAAACAGUGAGAAGGACAGUAAUGCUGAAAAUUCGAAUUUUCAGUCAGAAAAAACAAUGGACGAUCCCAAAGAGAAAAAGGAGAGUGUACCCCCUUCUGAAAAAGAAGGUGAAAAUCAUAACAAAGACCCUGAAAAUCCUGGGAAUACAAAUCCCCAUGAUGACAUAUUAUUACAGUGAAUUAUCAGAAAACCCAGAAACCAGUUUAGGUAAGGGAGAUAAAAACUCCGAUACAAUUUAUCCAAGGAACAAAGAUGAGAUCAAAUUUCAAAUUUAGGCAUCUGUGAUUUCUGUUGUAAGAUUUUAUUAUUUGUUUUACAUUUUGGGUGACAAUGAAUUUAAUAUUUAAUAAGUCUUAAGACCAA